AUGUGGUUCAGUAAGAAGGGUAAACUAAGCCCGAGGUAUAUUGGGCCUUAUGAGAUUCUUGCAAAGGUUGGGCCGGUGGCCUAUCGGUUAGCACUUCCACCGUCUCUCAAUGGCGUACACGAUGUCUUUCACAUAUCUAUGUUGUGGAAGUAUGUUCAUGACCCCAGUCACAUACUGUCUCAGGAGCCACCAGAGCUGGCAGCAGACAUGUCAUAUAAGGAACAGCCUGAGAAGAUUCUAGAUAGUAAGGUAGUGAAUCUCCACAACCAACCUAUUCAUUAUGUGAAAGUGAAGUGGUGUAACCACUUGGAAGAAGAAGUUUCCUGGGAAGCCGAGGUGGAAAUGCGAGCGAAAUACCCUUCCCUGGGAUUUCUACAAGAUUCUGUUGCCGUGUAUGCUGGCGAGUUAUUUUCACUUAUGGUCAAACCUAGCCACAAGAUCGUUGACCACAUCACGGGCUUGCCUGUAGAAGAGAGGUUCCUAAACCGGCAGUAG